AUGCGUACUGCGCGCGUUUCCGUGCCCAUGCUCUCGGCUCUCCUGAGCUACCUCGACCUGCUUUUCCUGAUUGGAGCCUGGCUAAGCCAAUGGGGCUCGAUCCUCACUCAGGUCUUCUGGGCGGCGGAGGCGCACUUCGAGUGGGGGAACGAGGCGGCGGCGCCGCCGUUUUGGCAUGUCACCGUCUUUAUCGGCCUCGUUGGAGUCGCAGUGACCAACGUACUUGGAGCCCGAUACUUCUAUCAGAGCGGUCGCCUCUUCCUCUCGGUGGUCGCCGCGCUCGACCUGGACACGCCGGUCCUCGUUGUAACACAAGGACGUGCGUAUGCCGAGGGGGGGGCGCCCGACCUCAGGGGGCUUCGUCGCCGUAACGCGCUCUGGCGCGGGCUCCCCUGCGCAGCCAUGUCCGUGUACGUCGCUCUCCGCGUCACCGCCCAAGAGGACAUCUGCCAAAUUGCACUCAUUGCCAGACUGCAGAGUGACCCGAAGUUUCGCGGAGACUUCGAGACGCAAUUCCCGAGCGGUAAACAGUUGGCUUUGAUACGGAAGGUUACUUACGACGAGAAUUUUGGCAAGUACUUGAAGAAAGUACUCGGGGACUCCAGGUGCCCGAUCUCCAACGUGAUUGUCGAGCCGUCAACGUCUUUCGAUCGAUAUUUGGCUGUGAAUGGCGUUCUCGCUGUCGACGCUGCAGACGUCCACCAGAUGGAGUACAACUCUGCUUUUCAAGCGAGCUGGAGACCCUAUGUGUUUGACUCUGCCUGGGCUGGAAUUCGCAAAUCCAGCUUGUACCCAUUAUCGAAGCUUGGAGGACUGACCAAGGGUGGCCUGGAAGCAAUGGUUGGACGUGCAGAGACCAAUAACUGGCAAGUACAGUGGGGCAGAUCGAACAGAAAGCAGCUCGGUGUUUCUGUCGCAAUUUAUUCGGGCCGACACACGACAUGGAAAUUCUGGACUGCUGCACUGUAG